GUAUUCAUAUUAUUUUUCUGUUGAAUAAAUUUCUAAAUUGAAGAAGACGCUUUAUAAAUAUUUACGAGUUUUACUCAACAGACUUUAAAAAUGUGCUGUGGACCGGCUGGUUGGUGCCCAUCCUGUGGACCUCCCUGCGGAGGACCUUUUUGCAAGGCCUGCUGUGUUGAGAUGUGUGUUUCACCCUGUACUCCUGCAUAUUUGCAAUGCUCCUAUUGCUGUGGCUGUUGAUAGUGAAAAAUGAUGAUAGUCACAUGGAUGCUCCCUAGGGAGGAUAUCUCUGUGCUAUGGAUCUAAUUGACCAAUUUCAAUGAGGAGGAAUGAGUAAUUUACCAAUUUUGACAAUGACAAAAUAAUAAUGUAAAAACCAAAAAAAAAAAA